AUGGUUAAGUCAUACCAACGUUUCGAACAGGCUUCAGUUUUUGGUGUCAUCAGCACAAAUGCUAAUUGUGUUUGGAUGUCACCAGAAUCAAAGAAGAGCAAUAGUCCAGGUAGUGUUAUUACAAGUGCAUUAGAGAACAUUAAUAUUUGGGACAUCAAAACAGGUGAACUGAUCAGUGUUUUAUCUGAUGGUCUUCCGGCAGGUUCGAUUGAUGUGAAAUCAAGUAAACCAGCAGAAGUUUCAUAUUUGCAUUAUCAUGAUGAAACUAAUCUGUUAGCUGCAGGUUAUAUGGACGGUACCAUUAAAGUGUGGGAUUUGUUAUCUAAGAGUGUUUUGUUGACUUUCAAUGGUCAUAAAUCUGCCAUUACUGUAAUGAAAUUUGAUGUUACAGGUACUAGAUUGAUUUCAGGUUCAAGAGAUUCAAAUAUUAUUGUUUGGGAUUUAGUUAGUGAAGUUGGUUUAUAUAAAUUACGUUCGCAUAAAGAUGCUAUUAGUGGUAUUUGGUGUGAAGGUGAAGAUUGGUUAGUAAGUACCUCGAAGGACGGUCUCAUUAAAAUUUGGGAUUUAAAGGUACAGCAAUGUAUCGAAACUCAUAUAGCUCAUACUGGUGAAUGUUGGGCUAUGGGUGUUCAUGAAGACUUGCUUAUAACCUCUGGUGCUGAUACCCAACUAAAGCUAUGGAAUUUAGACUUUUCAAAAGAAGCUGGUUCAAAAUUGAUUGAAAAAGGUGUUUAUGAUAAACAAAGUAAACAAAGAGGUUUGGAUAUUAAAUUUAGUGUGGCUCCAAAUGGAACUGCAUUCUUCUAUAUUCAAAAUGCUGAUAAAACUACUGAAGUUUUUAGAAUCAGAAGAGAAGAAGAAAUUUCUAAAGCUUUGAAAAAAAGAGAGAAGAGACUAAAGGAAAAGGGAAUGACAGAUGAAGAAAUUCAACAAAACAUUAAAGAAUCAUAUUCAUCGAUCAUUAUGCAUCCUUUCCAAGUAAUUAAAUCACAAUACAAAAUAAAAUCAGUUUCAUUCACUACAGUAAGCAAUACAAAAUUAGAAUUUGUUGUCACUACAUCAAGUAAUAGUAUCGAAUAUUAUUCCAUUCCAUAUGAGAAAAGGGACCCAACUUCCCCAGCUCCAACAAGGUUAUAUACAAUUGAAUUACCAGGUCAUAGAACAGAUAUACGUUCUGUUGAUAUUAGUGAUGAUGAUAAACUAUUGGCUACUGCUUCAAAUGGUUUACUAAAAGUAUGGAAUUUGAAAACUAAGGCCUGUAUUAGAGUCUUUGAUUGUGGUUAUGCCUUAACUUGUAAGUUCUUGCCAGGUGGUACUUUGGUUAUAGUAGGUACAAGAGAAGGUUCUUUACAACUAUUUGACUUAGCCUCUUCUACUUUACUAGAAAAUAAAGAGGAUGCACAUGAAACUGCCAUUUGGUCUUUAGAUAUUACAAGUGAUGGUAGACGUCUAGUUACUGGUUCGGCUGAUAAGACAAUCAAGUUUUGGAAUUUUCAAGUAGAAGAAGAUUUGGUUCCAGGUACGGCAGAUAAGUAUUUACCAGUUAUGAAAUUAAUUCAUGAUACGACAAUGGAAGUUAACGAAGAUGUAUUAAGUGUAAGAAUUUCACCAGAGGAUAAAUUUUUGGCCAUUUCAUUGUUGGAUAAUACUGUAAAGGUAUUUUAUCUAGAUUCAAUGAAGUUUUUCUUAAGUUUGUAUGGUCAUAAAUUACCUGUAUUAUCAAUUGAUAUUUCAUUCGAUUCAAAAUUAAUUAUUACUUCUUCAGCUGAUAAAAAUAUUAAAAUAUGGGGUUUAGAUUUUGGUGAUUGUCAUAAAUCAUUAUUUGCGCAUCAGGACUCUAUAAUGAAUGUUAAAUUCUUGCCAGAAUCUCAUAAUUUUUUCAGUUCCUCCAAGGAUGGUUUAGUCAAAUAUUGGGAUGGUGAUAAAUUUGAAUGUAUACAAAAGUUGGCUGCUCAUCAAAGUGAAGUAUGGUCCAUAGCAAUUACAAGCGACGGUACUUCAGUUAUAUCAGCAUCUCAUGACCACAGUUUAAGAGUAUGGGAAGAAACUGACGAUCAAGUUUUCUUAGAAGAAGAAAGGGAAAAAGAACUUGAAGAACAAUAUGAAGAUACUUUAUUAGCAUCAUUGGAAGAAGGUUCCGGUGAUGAUGCUUUUAAAGGUGAUGCUGAAAAGGUAGAGGAUGAGUCAACUAGUGUUCGUAAUCAAACAAUGGAGUCCCUAAAGGCUGGUGAAAGAUUGAUGGAAGCUUUGGAUUUAGGUAUGUCUGAAAUUGAAGCAAAUGAAAAGUAUCAAAUUGAUAUGAAGGCAUGGGAGAAGAAGAAAUCAAGCGGUGAACCACCAAUUAAACCACAAGGCAAUGCAAUUUUAAUUGCAAUGAAGAAGCAACCUCAUGAAUACAUUAUGGAAACAUUGGUGAAAAUCAAACCUUCGCAAUUAGAAGAUGCUCUUUUAGUGUUACCAUUUUCAUAUGUUUUGAAAUUGUUGAAAUUUAUUGAUAUAGUGAUGAAAGAUAAGAAAAUGACUAAAAACUAUUUGAUGUUAAUCUGUAAAAAUCUAUUCUUUGUCAUUAGAAGUAAUCAUAAGGAAUUGAUUUCCCAGAGAAAUGAAGCCUUAAAAAAUCAAAUAUUAAAUGUCAAAAACUCUUUAAGAGAUUCUUUACAAGAAAAUGUUGAUGAUUUAGGUUUCAAUAUCCAAGGUUUGAAAUUCAUCAAACAGCAAUGGAAUUUAAAACAUAACUUUGAUUUCACUGAUGACUUUGAUAAAAAGGAAGAAUCUUCAGGCAAGAAGAGAAUAUUUGGAACUUUGAGCUAG